CGGGCAAGAGCCCUGCCACGCUGAUCUCUCGUGUGCGAUUUCCAAACUCCGCUCCUGUCAUUCCCAGCGGCGUGUUACAGCCAAGAAGUGAGACGAAUGCCAAAGAGAACAAGAGAUUGUGUAUAUAUACUGUAUCUAAAUAGCUGCUGGUUCUGUAGCUUUCGUUGAAUUCAUCCCUUUAGAAGCUUAUUCCUGGAAAGUAUGUAUGCAAUAAUGGGGUCCGUACGGUGAAUGUUGUUGUGAAUUAGGUCGACCUAAACUGAAGUUUGAGUCAGCGUGAGGCUUUGCGAGCGGCAGGGGGAAAAAACAAAUCUAGACCUGGGUGGGUUUCGAUUGAGGCCAUGAUGGAGAUGGAGGAGAUGGAGGAGGUGGAGUUCGUGAAAAGGUGCCACGUCCGCAAACGCAGUCUGCUGGGCUUCGAUGAGUUUGGCUUUGCCAUCUUCAGGAAGUACUCGGAGGAGUGGAGCGAGCAGCAUCGGACGCACGAGUACAGCCACCCGCAGACAUCAGGCGGCCGUCUCUCCGCCUGGGCCGAGCUGCUCGAGUCUUGGAGCAACACAAACACCUUCAGCUUCAGCAAGCUGCGUGCUCUCGUGAGAGAGGGAGUGCCCCCAGAGACGAGAGGUCGCCUCUGGAAAUGUCUGCUCGGCAGCGACAUCUUGCAGGAGACCAGCACCUACAACUACCAGGAGUGCGUCUCGGGCAUCCGCCGCCAGCUGGUGGACCUGGGCGUGAGCGAGUACAGCGUGCACAUGGCACUGGCCACGCUCUGCCAGGCAGACAACAGCCAGCGGCGUCAACGCACGGAAUCGCAGAGCUCGGAGUCGCCCCUGCCGGGCAGCCCGUCGCUCGCUCAGAGAGGUGUGCAGAUGUUGAGCCUGGAGCCGGAGAGCAGGCAAGUGCGCUACGUGGUGGGCAGCCCUCGGCAGAGCGGCAUGGAGCAUCAUGCCAAUGCCUCCGCCAAGGAGCCCAAACCGGUGACCAGCGAUGUGGUGGACGUGUUGGUGCUGCGCCAAAUCAUCCUGGACCUUGACCGUUCGUUCCCGACACACCGCUCGCUGAUGGGGGAGAGCCCAGAGGCCAAGGAGGGCCGUGCAAGUCUCUUCAGGGUGCUGAGCGCCUACGCGCGCUACAACCCCCGCAUCGGCUACUGCCAGGGCAUGUCCUACCUGGCCUCCAUGCUGCUGAUGAACAUGGUGGAGGAGGAUGCGUUCUGGGCUCUGGUGUCACUGCUGGAGCGGCCCAAGUACCUGGCUGGCUUUUUCCAUCGCUCCCUUGACAGGAUACAGAGACAUGCAAAGGUGUUCCAGAGGCUGCUGCAACACAGGAUACCAAAGCUUUGCCAACACUUGGAGGAGCUGGGCGUGGAGCCUCUCAUGUUCAUCACUCCGUGGUUCCUCACCCUCUUCACGUCGCUUCCGUGCUGGGACACGGUGCUGGCCGUGUGGGACCUCAUCAUGCUUGACGGGUUGAACGUGAUGUUCCGCUUGGGCCUCAGCAUACUGCAGCUGUUGGAGGAGCGCCUUUUGGAGAUGGCCGACGUUUCACAGAUCCUGCCUGCGCUGCUCAGGGUCCCAGCUGACGUGUCACGCUACGACGUGCUUGUGCCGGCGCUGUGGGGCAGCGAGGUGCACAAGUGGGAGAUUGACACGCUGCAGGCGGUCGUGCAGGAGGAGGAGGAGGAUGAGCUCAUUACGGGAAGAGACACGGCGCGUCACAAGGGCGAUCUUCGCAAGCUUGGGAGCCGCGCGGAGCGGCCAGGAGACGCAACAAAGGCCCCCAACAAGAGGAGAGCAAACGCGCCCCACAAAGGCGAGCGCAGGACGGGCGAGCGGGGCGCGCUGUCCACGGCGCUGAGGUCGGCGCAGCGGCGCUUGUGCGAGAUGGGACGGGCGCACCGCGCUCCGCCCGCCGACUGCAAAGCGGCGGCCGCUGCGGUGGCCCCCGCGCGCAGGCCCGGCCACGGCUCUUGCGCCGUCAGCUACAGCAAAGGCAGAGGCGUCAAGGUGGGCUACAGGCAGCAGGGCAGCUGGGGCGGAGCCAAGGGCAGGAAGAUGGUGCUGCUACGGGCCGGCAGCGGCCACACGCGCCGCCACACCAUCCACACCCCACUCAGCCCCUUCUGCAGCACGACCAGUGGAGAGGCAGACUCAUCCGUAGCAGAGCUGAAAGGCGCAGUUGGUCCGGGGGUUGGAAUCAAAGACGCGGGCAGCGACACCCAGGACUACGAGGAAAGAAGCGGCUCCGAGAAUCCAUCGGCAGGAGUGUACCACGCGAGGAAGGCCAUGUCCCGCCUGGCCGUGGGAGGGCCGUACACAGGCAGCGAGCCUGCCGAGGCCCCUGAGAACCCGUGAUCUGCACGGCAGCUGGAUGUGAAAGGCAUAUCACUGUGAAAGAAGAACUUUGAAAAUCAAGGAGCCUGAUUCACAUCUAACAGGAGCAUGUCUGCUAUUUCAAUGUUUAAACUUAAAACUGUUCAAAUGAAUGAAUGAAUGGACGCUUUCACGUAACAUCAUUCGCUUACACGUUCUUUCUCUAAUCCGGUCACGUGCUGCUAUAUCGUAGGAGCACUCGGCUUACGUGAUGCCGGAAGGUUGCCAAUGCAAAUCACGGCCACGAAUCAGCUCAGCCUAUAAUCCCUUUGGGGUCGAUAAAAUACGUAACGUGCUGUGGGAAUGUGGCAUGUUCGCUAUUGGCUGUAACCACCAACCUUACUCAUAACACUGUGCAACACAUUUUUUUUGUUCCUGGGUAAGUAAGUGUUAUUUCCUAAUUGCUUAUGCCUCAAAAGUACAGAAAAUGGAUAUUAUUCCCCAACAAACUUUGCUUUCUUUGUUUAAUAAUUGUUGUAUUACGUUAGUAUCAAUACAUGUUAAUUUUGAUUCAUAUGUUGUUUUUCUGACUUUAUGUGAACGAAAAGACACUAAUUCGCCUGUUUUCUCAUUGAAAAUAGGUACAUUUCAAAAUAUCACUGUCCUCGUCACAAAAGCAAAGUUUGUGGGGAAUAAUAGCCAUUUUCUAUACUUUUUAGGCAUGAGCAAUUACGAAAUAACACUUACUACCCAGGAACAAAAAUUGUGUUACAUAGUGUAAUAAUUCUUCAGGCAAUGGAAGGUUGACUUUGGACAAGUACAUAUCAUGUACUUCAUGAAUACUUUUGUUGAGUUCUGCUUUUCAUUUCAAUCUGACUGUUCCAUUAUUUUCACUCAUUUACAGAGUAAUGCAAAUCCCACCUUAAAUUAAUGCAUUUCUAUAUGAAGUGGAUGCUCUGUAAAGGGACUGAAUUAACCGGCAUGUUUAAGGCACGUGGCCCGUUUACAUAUACUGUAUGUGGAGGUCAACUUUCCUGUGUAUUCACAGGUUGACAAAUAUGACAAUGAUGCCUGUUCAUAUUCGUCAUUACAUAGGAAUGCAAUUCAUUGUGAACCCUCAUAUAUAUAUUUUACGUAAAUUUCCUCAAGCUAUUCUCAAUGCUGUCAAAGAACUUCUCAGUGUUAUUGGGUGGGGUCACGAACGCCUAUUAAAAUGAUAUAUAUGUGCAUGAUGGUUCGUAUUGUUUUGACGCAUAUUAACGGUAGCAAAUUUAAUUAACUAAAUAAUUUCUAAAUGCCACAAUUGUAGUUAGGGCAUCAUAUCAUAUAUCCAGCAUAUCAUCAUUGUCAACAGCAGAAGUCGUGGUCGAUCCACUGCUGGACUAUGGCUCCACACCGUUGCCAUCUAUCACAUUCUCGCUAAAGGACAAUCUAUCGAGGCCCUGCUACAAGAGCUUAUUUCGUCACUCCAUCUCCUUGGUGCACGUCCUCUAGGUCGUGUUGCCUCCUUUGACUGCCACUCCACCGUCAGCCUCAAACACCAGCCAUCGUGCCUCCUAGAUAUAUAUUAUUCUCAAGCCCACACGCAUUUAUGAUUUACCUUUACUAUAGUUUACUCUCCUAUCGCGUAUUGCUGCAACCUUCUGAUCUGUGAAAAAGAGCUUCAUAGUUCAUCCGAUUUCUCCAGGAUAAAUAAACAUUCUGAUUCUGCGUGUGAUUUAACUAAAUAUUUUACUCUGAUCCACGUGUUGUUUUUUCUGUUCGUCUCAGUGUCAUUCCAAGCGUGAACCUCUCAAUGAAUCUCUGCACACUUUAGCUUUCGUUGAAUUUGUAAAUUAAUGUCCAUGUUGAUGAGCCAUGUCAUAGCAGGUGACAUGUAUUUAUUAAAUCAUUAUUUCUUUGGAAAAAUGGUAGAGGCUUCCCUCGCUUUAUGCGGGUCCGGUUUGUAUGACUUCGCACCGCAUACGCAACUAGCCUUUGGCUACCAAAAAUUCGCUCUCUACGAUUUGAAUUCACUCUACAUGUUGCUACGUGAUCGGACGUGGGACAACAUUGUGUCGCGUGUACUGUGCAUGCUACUCGGCAUGCAGCUUUUCUCCUCGUACGAUGCAUUGUGGGUCAGGGUGACUGUGUGGUCCAUGCCACGUGAUUUCGCUUUGUGUGCAGACUCUUUUUUGGAACACAUUUACCGACUAAAGCGAGGGAAAGCCGUGCACUAUUUUUCGUCAUGAAGUUCAGUUUCCCAAAAGCACUCCAAUCUUCUCUUAUACACCGCUUUAUUCCUUCAUUUUGAUCCCACUUCACAAUUAUAGAUACACUGCUCUGUUUAUCAGUUGUAUCCCUCUGAUAGUGAAAUUGUUGCACUUAACUUUCUUUUUCUUUCAUAUUCAACUCUAAUCCACCUCAUUAUUAAAUAAUUUCCUGUUAUUCAUUUCCAUUGGUUGGUGUCAGGACUGUGUCGUCAGCAAAUAUUAGAUGUUGAAUAUUUUCUCCUCUUAUGUUUUUGGCUUUGUUUCUCCUUAUUUUAAUGUCACGAUCUUUACGUGCGACGUUUGAGUGGUCAUGUCAUUACAAAAAAAAACAUCUUCUAAUGUCACUGUGAAUAACUGUGGCAAAAUCGUGUCACCUUGUCCGACUCAUGUAUCUGUUUUACUCACGACAGAAAGAAAAGACCCCAUUGCAGUUGUUCUGAGAUCUUGACAUUUUAGUAUAGCACACAGAGGCCGUGUGUAAUGAUAUUUGAUAUUAACUUCGCUUUUACCACAGCAUGUAUACUCUUUGUGCCAAGUGGCAGAGGGAGCCUUUCCAUUGCGCCCGUGUGAAUGUGAGCUCGGCUAAACCACCGAGAGGUCAGGGGGUCGCCUGGGUGUGAGCGGUGCUCUCCCCACGCCCGGGCGUGGUCUAUUCACCGACCCACACUGGGCAAGUGAAGCAUGGCCACGUGUCAUUCCCUCAGCUGGUCGUGCAAACUGAAACUACAGUCCUCAGCCACCUGCAACUGUGGGUUCAAGAAACAUGGCUUCGGCAAGGUUGUUAAAGGCACUAAAACUCAACUAUUUUUAUGUUGCCAGGUAAAGCCCACUGAGCUAUAAAGCAGUUUUUUUAGAAGCGACCUGGCCACAAAUGAUAGUGCAACGAAGUGGCUUAGCAUGCGGACAUUUAUAGCAGACAAAUACUCUCAAUGCAUGUUUCUAAAUGUGGAGGGAAAAGCAGAAGGACCCGGAGAAAAAUCCAAGCAACCACGGGGAGAACAUGCACACUCCAAAUAUACAGCAGGCGUCAGGGUGAGGAUUGACCUCAGGACCUCCUGUAUACCAGGCGAUACAGUCAACAACAUCUCGCCACCAUGGCACCCUAAAGGAGAAAGGGAUGUCAAGAAUCACUGGGUAAAAUAAACACCAGGUCAUUUUCUUGGUUUGACCAUGGCUAAAUACAACCCUGCGAGCUUGCUGAGAAAAUAAUUGAGAUCGUUGUAUAUUGGCACAUCAGUUGGUCUCAUUGAGGUGAGAUGAAAAGACGCAACAUUUUCUAUCUCAUAGGGAGAAUUCACAAUAAUUGCGGAAUAGUUGCACUUCAGCAUAUUGAAAUAGAGGGCAAAGAUAAUUACAAGGAAAAGCAUAAUAAUUUACAUCACAUUUUUGGUGGAGUAAAUUUACAUAACAUAAUUAUUACAUGAAUAUCACCACUAAAUAUACCAUACAGGGAUUUAUUUUACUUAAUUUAGAACAAAAAGUUAUUUAAAAUACGUCACAUUUCAUGACUUUCAACGUCAUAAUCAUAUUAAUAAUAACAUGCUUUUCCAGGAAGGCAUGAAUAUUUUUUAGAAAUGAAUUUCAGAAAAGUCUUUAAAUGUUUGACCGAUUCCCAUGUGCGCAAGAAACUGGAUUUCCUUAAGCAAACCCAAACACAUGAAAGAGGAGAUAACACUCACCCUUCACACUUAAAGAUCAUAAAAAUACUUUCUCUACUGCCAUCCAAAUGCAUUAAUUUGCUCUAAACAUCUGCAACAUUUAUAUGUGACCCGUCAACCAUUGCUUUUAGUGUUCGUGAACACUCAACAAUGUGUCUUUCAUUUACUCAAAGUAAAUUGUGCCUUAAUAAGUGAAUUUGAUCCAUAGAUCGGAAUGUCCCACCUGUCACACCCACCCUGGUUAAUGUCUGAGCCAUGUUAACUAUUCACAGCAGUGUUUUAAUUACUUCCCUCUGGUUAACACCGCAUGGCUUUCUGCCAAGUCCGUCGAUGUUGUCAAUCUAUGUUCAAUAAUUUACUUUAUCGUUGUUUAUUAAGCAGCCAUGUGAACGUGAAGUGUCCAAUAAUACAGCAAAUGCUCCGCAUUGUUGAAAUAUAAGUUGUGAUCAUUUCCCAUGUAUUCAUUAAUUUUUUAUAUUUUGUCUUCAUUCAAAGUAGCAUGCUGAUGAAUGUAAUAUCUUUGAAUAUUGAGUCAAUUACAUGUACUGUAUUAUCUUUUGAAUAACACAUAUAAAAGUAUAAAUGAUGUAAGCAGCAGGUCUUAGGGACAUUAUUUGUUAUCUCUCCAACCAUCUUCCUCCAGUUUUUUAGCGACUAUAAAUAGUUGUGGUUUCACAUAAUCCACGUGGUGAUGUUCUCUACCCAACAUAUUAUCCAUCUGCCUUUCAUUAACCACAAACUGUUCCUUGCAAGAUUUGUGUCGGCUAAACCAGAUCGAUUACCUGUUGCCACAACCCUCAUCAUCGGACAUGGUCAAUCCACUGCUGGAUGAAUGCCUCCCCAAGCCACCGUCAUAUCUCACGAUCCUGAAAUGCUGUGAAGUAAUCUGCUUAAUUGUUUAAAACGACCUCUCGAACCGCGUUGUAUUCAUUGACUGCCACUGUUGACGUAACCGAGCCACUAAAAUGACUUUGCGAUGAAUUUGCUUUCAUAUGAUCCUGUUUGUGUCUUUUUAUCGUGGACAACAUCAUUGGUUUUGUGGGUGGUGUGGUGGAUGCAGGGCAGCCGCCUACAGUGCUUUCUUUCAAACACAGUAUAUUGUCAUUGUGUUCAUGACUUGGAGCCAUAAAGGUGAACUUGACAAAUGCACCAAUAAAGUGAAAUUGUCGUGUU